AUGUACGACCAACCGCGGAACGACGCCCUCCAACGUCUCACCCAGACCCUCCUUCAGAUUGACCCCUACAUCCUCCCACCCUAUCCCAACCUCAGCAUCGUAUCUGGGCCCCUCGACCCUCCACUGUUGACGAUCACCCUCGCACAACUCCUCAGCCAGCAAGCUACUUUAUAUCCGGACAGUGAAUGUUUGGUCAUCCCCUGGACCGGUGCCCGAUGGACGUACCGAAGACUCCUGCAAGAAUCAAAUCUGGUAGCGCGAGGAUUAUUGAAGCAUGGUGUGCGGCCAGGCGACCGUGUGGGGAUCAUGGCAGGUAACUGCGAGAGUUAUGUGGCAGUGUUCUUCGCAUGCGCGAAGCUGGGCGCGAUAUGUGUUACACUGAAUAACACAUACACUGUCCAAGAAGUAGAGCAUGCGCUGAAACAUACAAGAUGCAAGAUCCUGUUCACAACACCAACGAUUGGCCGAUUCAACAACGCGCCUCUCCUCGCACUACUUCAAACUCCAGACAUAACAAGGAAGUUCCCUGAUCUGCAAUUGACAUGCAUCCUUCGCGAUGCGAACCGCACAAACGGAUUCCCUUCCUACGACGAUUUUCUGGCCGAUGGGGAGACGAUACCCGAGCACAUAUUAGACAUAUUCAACGGCAUAAUAAGCCCCCACGACGUCGUGAACCUCCAAUUCACGAGCGGCAGCACGGGGAACCCCAAAGCUGCGAUGCUUACACAUCAUAACCUCAUCAACAACUCCCGCUUCAUAGGAGACCGCAUGGACCUCACACCCUCAGACACCCUCUGCUGUCCACCACCUCUAUUCCACUGUUUCGGCCUCACACUCGGCUUCCUCGCCACCCUCACCCACGGCGGAAAAGUCGUGUACCCAGCCGAAUCGUUCGACCCCGAAGCUACCCUCCGCGCCAUCUCGGAUGAAAACUGCACAGCCCUUCACGGCGUCCCCGCAAUGUUCGAAUCCAUACUCUCCCUCCCCCGCCCGGCAAACUGGACAUCCAGACUGCGCACAGGCAUCGUCGCGGGCUCCCCUGUCCCCCGCUGGCUCAUGGAGCGCAUGGUAAACGAAUUAGGUAUGACGGACUUCACAUCCUCGUACGGUCUCACCGAGGCGUCUCCGACGGUGUUCAACGCACAUACGCAUGACAGUUUGCACGCGCGGCUCACGACGGUGGGGACCGUGAUGCCGCAUGCAAGAGUGAAAAUCGUAGAUCGGGAUAACUACGUCGUUCCCAUCGGUGUGCGCGGUGAGCUCUGCGUUGCGGGGUACCAGGUGUGCAGGGGGUACUGGGAGAACCGGGAGAAGACGGAUGAGGUGCUGGUUAGAGAUGAGAGUGGCGAGGUGUGGUUGCAUACGGGGGAUGAGGCGGUGUUGGAUGUCGAUGGGUAUUGUACGAUUACGGGGCGGUUUAAGGAUAUUAUCAUUAGAGGUAUGAUGGUUGCUCGAGUGAAAUCAGGCGGAGAGAAUAUCUAUCCUCUUGAAAUCGAGGAACGGCUCGUCACUCAUCCGGCUAUCAGUCGCGCUAUCGUGGUCGGUAUCUCGCAUCCCAAGUACGUGGAGGUACCCGUUGCGUUCCUGCAAUUUGCGGAGGGGGUGCCUGCGGAUCGGAAACCAGGGCUCGAGGAAGUGAAGGCUUGGGUGAGGAAGGUAUUGGGCAGGCAUAAGGCGCCGACGCAUGUGUUCUGGUUGGGGGAGGAUUGUAGUGCAGAGGUUCCGUUGACGGGGAGUGGAAAGAUCAAGAAGUUCGUUUUGAGGGGGUGGGCGGAGGAGCUGUUGAAGUGA